CCAACAUGGGGCUCGAACUCACAACUCCGAGAUCAAGGUCACAUGCUCUGCCCGCUGAGCCAGCAGGCACUCUUCUUGAUUCUUUUAUGUAGUAACUCAUCAGCACGGAAUACUGACGUCUUGUGUUUGUUUGUUUUCAGUUUGUGUUUGAGAGUACAUUUUCUGUUUACAGCCAAGGUAAAAAGCGAGGGGAAAGGCUCAGAACCUUGUCUGAACCGACAUCUUGACUCCUGAGUGCAGUUUCUAGAGGAAACAUCUGGCUGGAACUUGGCCUCCACUUGGCCUUUCCCACCCGGCACACGAACCCGUGCUGGUUAUUUCUCUCCUGUUCGUUCUUUUAUUGCAGUGUAAUCAACUUGACGGAUGCCGUGUCCCUCUCAGGACGUGGCGCCUCUCUGUCAGCUGAGCAGGUGACCGUGGGCUCUUCUCAGGCAUGCUUCUCGUCGCCAAACCAGCUUUGGUUCCUUUAAAAAAAAAUCCACGUGGCCUGGUUUCAAGGGCCACGUAGGUGGCAGAACACUGUUGAGGCUUAUCCAUGUUGUUGCAGGCGUCUGUAGUUUUCUCCCUCUUCGUCGCUGAGAAGUGUGCCGUUGUACGAAUGUACCAUAGUUUUUCCGUUCGUCCCCUGGUGCUGAUAUUUGGAUUGUUUCUAGUCUGGAAGGUUAUGAAUACAGCUGUGUAAACGGUGCCAUGCACGUGUGUGUUCACAUUCAUCUUUCUUGGGUAAAUACCUCUAAGUGGAAUUAUUGAGUCAUAGGAGGGGCGUACAGCUUGGAGAAAGCGCAAGGCCCCUUUUCGACGUGGUGGUUGUGUUGGUUAUUUUUUCAUAUUUAUACAAGUAACUGGGGAUUUGGUCCCAUUGUAGAGAUUCUGCUCUAAACGUGAUGUCUGAGCAGUCUUGUGUUCUGCAAAGCCCGUUUCACUUUAUGGAAGUAAAGUAUUGUUACGUAAGCUUAUUUGAAAACAGUUCAAAAUAUUACUACGUGAUUACGGUUGUUAGCUAUUGCAUAGAUAUUUGAACAAAGUUAUUAUAUAUAAAUACUAUAUUUAAAAAGCACCCCCCCCCCCGUUAGUUUCAGCGGCUUGGGAGUCACGGCCACAUUUGUUCCUUAGAUGUUCACAAGGGGCUCAGAGCUGGAAAGGUGCUGGGGGACGGUGGCCUGUGGGUGGGGGCGGAAGGCACGCAGGGAGGUUGUCGGGUAAGUGCUGAGGGAGAAACGGCUUCUGAGGGGUCUUGGGGGCGGUGCGCAGGGGAGAUGACGGGGCCCGGCCCCAGUGGGGGUAGGCAGACUUGAGGCAGGACGGUAAGCAGCUUCCGCUCUCCUCUGGAAGGUCUAGUGGUGGAGACUGGGAGCCCUGGGAGGCACCUACCACCUCCUGACCCCUGGCCCCUCCUCCUCCCCCACUUCCAUGCCGGCCUCCUGGUGUCCCCAUCAGGGGUCUUAGUUUCAAAAGACAGACACCGACAGAGGGUUUGUGUAAGCGGAAGAAUAACCUUUUGGAAGGAGACGAGAAAAAGAACGGACCGGCGCCGGGGCGGGACCUGCUAGUUGUAUUUUAUGCCCUCUCCUGACAUCUUCCUCUGUCCCUUAGCUGUCCCUUUGGGAAAGUCCCUCCCUCUCUUGUCCAAUCCUGGUUUUAAACUUCUGUCAUCAUUUUUAUUUUCAGGAACUAGGAAGUUCGCAGAAUGUUCCCCUUUUGUUUCACAGAAACGAUUUCACAUUUCUUCUUGAGUUUUCUCUCUGCCUUUUGCCUGUUCUGUGAUUCUUCCUGGGGCUCCAGCCUUUGGUGAGACCUGUUUUGGGGGUUUUUCAAAACAUCUGACCUCCGUGUCAGUCAGAGCAUCCCGCCGCGCACCUGCAGCAUAGGCAGCCGUGUGUCGACUCAGCUUCGGGGAGACUGGAAAUAAAUGGACAGCGUGAAAAGAAUCUCAUGACAAGAUUUGUGCUGGAAAUAAAGACCAUUUAUGCUGGGGGUCCUGCCCGUCUUGGUAUCUUCAGGCCUUUUUCCUUAGGGCCACGCAGUCUAGACAGGCCGCGUCUGGUGGGCGGCCUGCCGGUGACUGGGAGCCAGGAGGGAGCGCUGACGGGGAGUUGCUUCCUUUGAUCCUGUCACUUAGCACACUAUGCACCUUCAGAUCCUGAGGAAAAGGCGCAAAAUGUUCGAGUAAUGUGCAGAGAUCAUUUGUGAGGGCUCCGGGGAACCAUGCCGUCACCCGGACACCGGCUCCGAGAUGUUGAACACCGCCCUCUCCUGGCCGAAGACGACAGUUACGACUCUUCGUCGUCCUCCUCGGAGGCUGAUGCAGCCGACAGGGUCUGGUUCAUCCGCGACGGCUGUGGCAUGAUCUGCGCCGUCAUGACGUGGCUCCUGGUCGUCUAUGCGGACUUUGUGGUGACGUUCGUCAUGCUGCUGCCUUCCAAAGACUUCUGGUACUCUGUGGUCAACGGGGUCCUCUUUAACUGCCUGGCGGUGCUGGCCCUGUCGUCCCAUCUGAGGACCAUGCUUACCGACCCCGGGGCCGUGCCCAAAGGAAACGCCACUAAGGAGUACAUGGAGGGCCUGCAGCUGAAGCCUGGGGAGGUGAUCUACAAGUGUCCCAAGUGCUGCUGCAUCAAGCCCGAGCGCGCCCACCACUGCAGUAUUUGCAAAAGAUGUAUUCGGAAAAUGGAUCAUCACUGCCCGUGGGUGAACAAUUGUGUGGGAGAAAAGAAUCAGAGGUUUUUCGUGCUCUUCACUAUGUACGUAGCUCUGUCCUCAGUCCACGCUCUGAUCCUCUGUGGCCUCCAGUUCGUUUCCUGUGUCCGAGGGCAGUGGACUGAGUGCAGUGACUUCUCGCCUCCGGUGACUGUAAUCCUGUUGAUCUUCCUGUGCCUUGAGGGGCUUCUGUUUUUCACGUUCACCGCAGUCAUGUUCGGCACCCAGAUUCACUCCAUAUGCAAUGACGAAACGGAGAUUGAGAGGCUGAAGAGUGAGAAGCCGACGUGGGAGCGGAGGCUGAGAUGGGAGGGGAUGCGGUCUGUCUUCGGGGGGCCCCCGUCGCUGCUCUGGAUGAACCCCUUUGUCGGCUUCCGGUUGGGGCGACUGCAGAGCAGACCUAGGAAGGGAGGCCCAGAGUUCUCCGUCUGAGGCUGUCUCGUGCUGAGACCUGUCGGCACACGUGAGCGGAUUCAUCUGGGGUCUGGAGGGGCUUCCGCGGCUCGCCCGUGACCAGUGGGGCAAACGGGACCGACGCAGGCCAGCGGCAGUGAGCGGUUUCUCGUACUUACAGUCACAGGUCGCAGAGCGUUUGCACCGGUGAUGGGGUGACGCUCCGGCCGGGUUCCGCCUGUACAGCUCACAAGGUCUGCGGGCAUGUGAGAAGCCGAGUGUCACUAUCUGCCUGCAUGGUUAGGACUUCUGUUAAGAACACGUUGCAUUUUCUACGAAGUCGUGCGGGACCUUACACGGGCUGGUGAAGUCCUGUGUACCGAGCUGCUUUUUUUCAGUCAUGAAGAAAACAAAAGUCAACCCAGUGAACGAGAAUUCUCCAGCUUAGUGGUUUUGGGGCGUUCCUGGCGACCCCGGGACCCAUGAGCGCACACCCUUGAUCAAGGCGGGGCCUUUACGUAGAAAUACACCUUGGUGUCCGUUAGCUCUGACGCUUUGCACUGAGUCUGCAAACCAUCUGUGCACUGAACGGCGAAGGGGGCUUUAGGUGCACUCCCGCUGCCCUGGAAGAGGCGGCCUCGACCCCUUCGGCAAGUCCGCGUGCGUGCCUGUGUGUGUGCGUGCGUGUGUGUGUGCGCGCAUGCAUGUGUGCUUAAAAUUGGCAGUGUUGUUUAGGCGACCCAACAGUUAAUAGCUGCGUGUGGCCAACGAGCUGUUUUUUAGAAACUGAUGUUUCAGGGAUGAGGGAAGAACUGCCUCGGGGCCUUGGUCCCGCGGGGCUUAUUAUGAAUUAUGAAUGUACUGCAUUUUGGGAAAUAUCUUGAUCCAAAGAACAAUCACUCCUGUGUGGUCCUUCGUUGCCCUCCUGUUUUAACUUGACUUUAAAGAUCUUGAGUGCGUGGGGGCCUGGGAACUGAUGUUUUGUUCCAGCCACAUCAGCAGGGUCCGAACGGCCCUCUGGUGUGUGUGAGAAGAGCAGAGGCCUGCGGUGGCCUUGCACGCUGCACGUGUGGACGCUGUCCCCGGGUGUGGAGGCGGGCGGGCGUGGCCCCACAGACUCAGAGGGAGGCGGGCAGCGCUGAGGACGUGAGGGGCCCCCGAGGCAGAGCCCCAGGACCCCGAGCCUCCCUCAAUGGCAGAGCGUUCAGGACGGCAACAGUUUUAUUAUUUUUUUAAAAAAUUUUUUGUAUCAUUCAUGUUUGUCUCUCUUCCCACGUCACAAGUGAUCAAAUAGGCCCUUCAGUGCAGAGCUUAGAGUUCUGUCAGAGUGCAAACAGCCCACUCCGUGGGGACUCGCCUUAAACUUGCGUGGCCUAUACCGGUCGUGCAGGACUUCGAGGAAGCCGUCCUGGCCCAAGCCCGGGGCCCCUGCAGGCCGAUGAGAGGCGGCGUUUCCCUCCUGCUUCUCUGCCUCUCCGCUCUUCUGUGCGCUGUUCCUUUUUGUUUUCAACGCACCGCACCCUGUCCCAGUCAGGGCUUCUGCCGCUGCCGGCGCGGACCCACAGAGGGACUUACCGGAGACACGGCUGCGGCCGGGCGUCUCCGAGACGGACCCAGAGCCCCACGGGAUGGGCGCAUCCCCGCCAGAGGGACAGGCCGAGGGGCCCGGGCGCCGGCCGCGUACGCAUUUGCACAUCUGUUGUUCCGGGUGGACACGUGUGUUCGGCUUCCAUGUGAGGCUUUACUGUGUCACCUGUUUAUCAAUAAAACAUGGUUGAGCCCCGUGA